UAGGUGAGGCUUGGGGGUUGAGGAGUCUCGAGCGGACGCUGCGGGCUCCCUAGCUUCUGUCAGGGGAACCGGGCGUGCGGAGGCGACUGAGGAGGCGGAGAGUGGACAGUGACUUAAGGGGCAAUUGCUGACUUGCGGGGAGGCGGGUCAGAGAGAGUGGGGCAGCCAUGGUGAUGGCGGCGAAAAAGGGCCCAGGGCCAGGUGGCGGGGUUGGCGGGGGAAAGGCGGAGGCGGAGGCGGCCUCGGAGGUGUGGUGUCGCCGGGUGCGGGAGCUGGGCGGCUGCAGCCAGGCCGGGAAUCGCCACUGCUUCGAGUGCGCCCAACGCGGGGUCACCUACGUGGAUAUCACCGUGGGCAGCUUCGUCUGCACCACCUGCUCCGGCCUCCUGAGAGGCCUGAAUCCCCCUCAUAGAGUCAAGUCCAUCUCCAUGACAACUUUCACUGAGUCUGAAGUACUGUUCCUGCAAUCCCGUGGAAACGAGGUUUGCAGGAAGAUUUGGCUGGGUCUUUUUGAUGCUCGGACAUCUUUAAUACCAGACUCCAGGGAUCCUCAGAAGGUGAAGGAGUUUCUCCAGGAAAAAUAUGAGAAGAAGAGAUGGUAUGUCCCCCCUGACCAAGUUAAGGGGCCCGCUUAUACCAAGGGCAGUGCCUCGACCCCUAUUCAGGGCUCCAUCCCAGAAGGGAAACCCCUGCGGACACUUCUGGGGGAUCCUGUGCCAUCUCUCUCAGCUGCUGCCUCCACCUCUAGCCAGUCUGUCAGUCAGUCUCAGGCUCGGACAUCCCAGCCCCGGAGUGCUCAGCCACCUCCCCACUCUUCAGUCAAGAAAGCCAGUACUGACCUGCUGGCUGACAUUGGCGGAGACCCCUUUGCUGCUCCCCAGGCGGUACCAGCAUUUGCUGCAUUCCCAGCCUUUGGGGGCCAAACACCUUCCCACGGGGGCUUUGCCAACUUCGAUGCCUUUGGCAAUAGCCCCAGCUCUUCUGCAUUUGGAAGCAUUCCUCUUACUGGCCAAGCCCCAUUCCAGGCCCAGCCAACACCCACAGCCAGUCGGAUGCUAACUGGAAGUUACAGCUUUGGGAGCAGCCAGGUGACUCCAUUUGGUGCCUCUCCUCUUACACCUGCCAGUCAGCCCAACAGCCUCACAGAUAUGAGUGGCCUCCUGGGACCUGGAGCGUCAGCUGGAGUUAUCCCCAGCAGCAUCUUUGGGAUGACCGGCCAGGGCCACACACUGCAGUCAGCCACAGCUGGUGGAGGUGGCAGCACAAGGCUUGCCUUUGGAGCCUUCACCAACCCUUUCACAACACCUGCUGCUCACCCCCAGCUGCCUUCUACCAACCCAUUCCAGCCCAAUGGCUUGGCCACAGGACCCGGCUUUGGGAUGAGCAGUGCUGGGCCUGGCUUCCCCCAGACAGUGCCACCCACCGGGGCCUUUGCCAGCACCUUCCCGCCACCGCUGUUCUCCCCACAGACCUCGAUGACUCAGCAGCAGAACGGCUCUUCCUUCAGCGACUUAGGAUCAGCCAAGCUGGGACAGAGGCCACUGAGCCAGCCAGCGGGCAUCUCCACCAACCCCUUCAUGACUGGACCCUCAUCAAGCCCAUUUGCCUCCAAACCUCCGACCACCAACCCAUUCUUGUAGCACUGAGUCCUGGGGGGCCUCUUCCCUGCUCUCUGGGGCCCCUCUACUCCCUGGAGUUCUGGUGACCCCCUUGCCUGUGGCAUUUCUGUGGGUCUGAGACCAGAAUGGGCCUUGUCUUGCAGGAUAGGGGUCUUGGGGAUGGUGGAGGUGCUAAUGCUUUGCUUGGGGCUUGCAGAUAAAAGGGCAGCUUCCUCCCUUCUGCCUUCCAGCCCCCACCCAGGCAGGAGACCCAGGAGGAGAGAAGGCAGAGCCUGGCCUAGAGAAGCAAUGCUGUUUUAUUUCUCAAGUUGUUAAUUAUGAUGAUAGUAACCCUCCUCCUCUCCUGCCUUCAGCAUACACAACGCUCCCUUCCUUCCCAGCCCUGUGGGCGGAGGAAGCUGCGGGCACAGACUGACCAGUGUCCCCUGUGGGAACAACUCUUCCCCAUGCCCAACUUUCAAACACUGUUCUCGUGGACAGAAGCACAGUGGGAAGAGUAGGCAAAAGGUGGGGAUGAGGCAUGGUGUUGAUGUGAGGCAGUAAUCAGACAGGCUGAGAAAGCCCUGGGGGGCCAGAGUGCCCUUGGUGCCCUGACUUGGGCCAGCACACCCUUUCUCCAUGUUUUUGCUUCCCCAGCUCCCUCCCUCAUCCUGGGCACUCAGGAUGGCUAGUUUUACCUAACAUACUUAGACACACCCAACUGCUAUCAAGCACUUUAGUUAGCUGUGGUGUCAUGUUUGGAUACCAGUGUUUUAUAUUUAUACAUAGAGAGAAUUUUCUAUAAUAAUAUAACCUAUUAUAUAUAUGUAUGUAUGUAUACACACACACAGAGAUACACACACACACACACACACACACACACAGCCAUUCUCCCUCUCCCAGACAGCUCUUUUACAUGGGGAAUGGGAUGAAUCCCCAUCUGUGCCUCGACCAGCAAAGCCAGAGCUCAAAGGGGUCGGGGUGGGGGAGGGUAGCUACAUGUCCUGACCACCCCAGAGCCUGGGCUUUUCCAGGGAAAGGCUUUGUGCAACUGGCUAUUUUUUUUUCCUUUUUUCCACGUGCCUCCCUGGCCCCCAAAUCUCUGCACCAAAGCUGCUGCGGGCAAUGUUGGAAAAAGUAUUUGAAAGAAAGAAAAUGGCUCUCGUGGUCUUGCUUUGGGCCAGCUUGAGGGGUCUCGUGUCAGUCAACAUGACUGCCUGGGUUGGUGAUAAUGUUGCCUGUGAUGCUGCCUGUCACUGGCCAAGGAUAGGACCAACGACGGGACUCUUGCUCCCAGAGCCAGCCCCUGUCUGAACUGGAGUCCCGUGUUGGCAGUGCGGGGAGGGGGGGGAGUAUGGCAGGAGAGGGGCUGCUUCUGGCAGGAACAGGAGUUAGGUGACAGUAGUAAAGGGGUGAUUCCUACUGGGAAUGGGGGUGGGCAAAAGAGGAGAUGCCAGCUGAAAGGUGGGAGUAUACCUGAUCAGAGUAGGCCACUCUUACACUGUUUCCACCUGAGGAUGUUGUGUCAACAGCCUGGUGUCUGGGCUGUUUGUGUGGCAACAAGACAGAUGGCUUGAGUUAAACACCUUCCCUGGCUGAGGAGAGGCCCAGGACGCAGCCUUGGGGUCAAAAGAGGUUCCUCUCUUCUCCAUGUUGCCCAGGAACUCCUGACCCUUUAGCUGCUCAUUCUUGGGAUUUUUCUGGGUCUUUCCACCCAAUGACUUUUAACAGCAUAAAAGCAAGGAGAGGCGGGGAUUGAGUUAUCAGUUGAUUUGUUUUAGGAUUUUUCUGGAAAUACCUCCAGCUGCUACUAUUUGCCCAGGCAGGCAUGAGCCCCCCACCUUUCUACCCAUCCUGUCUUGUGCCUGUGUUCCCAUUCUCCCAGCCUGUACCCUCCAUCUCUUGAUGGGAUCUCCCAGGGUAUACCACCAUCCUUUUUUCCCCCAUGUAUCAUGUUCUGUCUAUUCUCCCAGUAUUUUUCUCUGCCAUCCUUGAUUAUCUCUGGCCUUCUGUCUGCUUAGAGCCAGGGAAGGUAGGGUGGAGCUGAUAUCUGUUGUGGUAUAGUAGGGGGAGGUGCCUUUUCUUAUUCCCCCCACCCCCACCCCAACCACCUGCCUCCCCCCACUCCUCCUUCCGAACCAAAAAACACUGAGGUUUGGAAGUGAGAUUUAAAGGACCAGGAGCUGCAGUGCCUCUCACUGUGUGUUUCAGUCACACUCCUGCUGUUUCCCAGGGAUCUCCUUACUGCUUGGUGCCUGAGCCCAGGACCUCCCUGCAGUGCCCCCUCCUUGCCUCCCAGUCACUCUGUUCGACGUGGACUCCAGCCAGCUCACUGGCAAGAGCUGGAUGACCAGUCAGAGAAGUUAUACUGGGUCAACUUCAGACCCCAGGACAGAAAAAUCAAGAGUUCUCCAGGCACAGGCCAGGACUAGAACUGCAGCUGCCUCUCUUGGCCUGGAACAGCUUCCAUCAGGCCUCAUCUCUCCAGGAGAGUGGCAAAGAAUGGAAAAAUCCCUGGCCUGAUAAAAAAAAAAGUCUAAA